AUGGAGAUGAACCGGCCACAUGCACAAAACCCCCAAUAUCACAUGUUAUGGGUACGCUCUAUCUUGCGAACCUAUUCCUUCCUUGCCUCUUCCCCGCCGGACCGGGAGGCCCCUCGGCUGUUAAAUGACCAAGGGUCAACUGUUCGGGAUACGUUCGUCCGGGAUACUGGAAAGACUGAUGAGCUCGUCGAUUGUAGCGGAGUCGCAGACGGCCUAAACCACACUUUACGCCUUACCGUCUUCGUCCUCGCCUGCAUGCUGGCAGACUUUCCCGGGAUGGUGGGCGUUGUGCCGGAUCUCAUGACUAUAAGCUAUAUAUAUUUAAUAAGCUAUAUUUUUAAAUUUAUUUUAUACUAUACUUAUCUCUUAAUAACCUUAUUAUAA